AUGUCUCAAAGUGAUAUUAGUGACAAUCAAGUAUUAACUUGUUGUGAAACAGAAGAAAGCACUGUGGAUGACUCCGCUCCUUUCUUUGACGCACUAGAAAAUAAUUCUAGCGAAAAAAAGGUUGAUAUAGCAAUUUUCCACUAUGUUUUGAAACAAAAGGACCAAAUUAUGAACGAAUUACAAAAUAAUAUAAAAAUCUUGACAAAUCAAAUUGAUUUAUUAAAUAAAUUAAACUGCGAUCAGACUGCCACCAACACCAACAAAAAAGUAGUACCGGUAAGGUCAGCACCAAAAAAAACAUCUACAACAAUAGACAACAAAAACGAGCCAGCUGAGAACAGCGAACUUGAACCAAAGGUCAACAGCCUCGCAGAUAUAAAUAUAAAUAAAAACACGGAUAUAACCAUGGACAAGGUAUCUGAAGGGAUAUCACUAGCACAGAAUGCAGCAAUAAUGCAGGAAAUUAUCAACUUGCCGUUUGACAAAGGAAUGAAAACCGAAACAAAAACAGAAUGGAAAACGGUGCCCAAACGUAACUCCAGGAGACAACGCCAAAUAGUGGGUCAAAACAACGACCUAUCCAUAAAAGGUGUACCAAGAAAGACUGUUUUGCACGUGUGCAGAAUUAACAAGGAUUCUUCCGCGGACGACUUGAAAAGUACAUUACAAAAACACUUCCCAGAAGUUCAUUGCCACCAAAUAACAGCUAAAUAUCCCGAUCUCUAUUCGUCAUUCAAGGUCAGAAUCCUGGAAGAAAAUUUCAAUAAGGCAAUGGAUCCUAAUAUUUGGCCGAUUGGAGCAUAUGUGAACCUGCUUCAGAAGAAGACGAAACUGAUCCUGACUCAGGAUUCUCUAGCAGAAAAUGGGACAUUCAUCUCAGAUAUUUCUCAAAAGCAAUGAGGAUUCACAUGGGUUGGACAAAAGAAGUUUAAAACUAGCUGAGACAAGAAAUACAACUGGAAUCAACCAUGGACAAGAAUCAGUCAUUUCAUCACAGACCAUCAUUGCUGUUUCCUGUAUUUUUUUCUGAUUCUUCAUCAAAAAGCAUCAACAUAUUUCAUUGAAAUGUAAAGUCUACUGGAAAAUUAUUGUACUUGAAUUUAUGAACACUGUAUUGGUAUUUUAUGUUCCUAUUGCACAAAAAAUUAAAUUGGCAAGGUGAAAAAUGUUAGUUUUUUUUAUUAGAAAUGUCAAAUAUUCUGG